GCUCGAACAUCUCGAGGUGAUGACAAGGGCACGCAAUAGUAAGGGUGGUGAAUGUGUCCUAGCGAUCGCAGCAGAGAGCUUCUUGCAACCGAAGCCAUCUUCGUAGAGACUGUGCUGCGCGUAAGGGCUUCGCUUUCACACUUUCCUCCAGACUCGCAAAAGGCGGCCUCAGUGUCUCUCCCGUUUCCUUAGAACGAAUUGACACCUACGCGCGGCGCGGGAUGUGAGAAGCGACUGCGCACAUGGAUGGCCGUCGCAUGGUGACAGCUCUGGUCAACUCAGUACCAAACACAGCAGCCGCAGACCACAUCUCAAACCCGCUACGAGAUCUACCACAAGAGGCUCGCAACAUCUUCCUGACACUGUACGCACUAUUCGGGAAAGAACUACUCCCAGCGCUCGACCUUCUAGAUCGUAGCCUGGUCACUCGGCUACACACCUCAUCCGGCGAAGAACAUACAUGCAAGCUAUAUCUCGUCCGCUCAGCACAACCACAAACAAGUAGAAACACACCAUACCAACACACGAACUACUACGAAGUCCGCCUAAACGCCUGGACCUGUUCUUGUCCAGCCUUUGCAUUCUCGGCCUUUCCAGCAACAGAAGCACCAGACCGCUCAAUCAACACCAAUAACGAGGAGCGAUGGACAUUCGGAGGCCUCACACUAGGUUCGGACAUGCCCGUAUGGAAGGCAACCAUUGGGUUUGAUGCAGCGCAGAUGUGGCAGGGCGUAGGCGACGUGGCUCGAGAAGAUGUUGAGGAUUGGGACCUACUGAGCCAGCGCCAUUGAGAGGCCGCCAAGCAGAGUGCAAUCCUUUGCGACUUGGUCAAGCUGCGUCAUGCCAGGUCUGGAAGCACUGCCUGGCGUUCUAUGAGUUGCGAGAAUAUCAGGGCAUCCUGCGCGUGACCCGCCAGUCGCAUGGAAAAGGCAAGCAACCCAAGGCUACUGGGUCUCGCUGGACAUAUUGAUCAUGCAAUGCUUUCGUCUCAUUUCGUCUUCAGCUUCCUGCUGCUGGUUGCAGGUUCCAGGGCUAGCUCUUUGAGCAAUCACCAACAGCACAAGCUGUCUGCUCGUAUCCACUGAUAAUGUACAUAUUCGACAUGUAUCCAGCUUCAUUGCGCUGGCCAUACCAGCGCCUUGCUUGCCUC